AUGGAGUUGAUAGUGGAACCUGAAGAAGAUGUUAGGAGACCUUUAGAGAGUGGUGAAAGCAGUCAUGCUGUUAGUGAAUUUGAGGUACUAGGAACUGAGAUUGUAGUAAGGUCUGUUCCACCUGAAGAUGUAAGGUCUGCUCCACUUGAAGAUGCUAGGAACCAAGAGACUGAAAUUGGAUCAGACGAAGGUGAAGUGGUUGACAGUUUAAGAAGGUGCGCUUCUUCUGCUCCUGAAAUUGUAGUUGAUGAUGUUGUGGGUGAAGGUGAAGAAGAAGUGGGAGUUGAGGAUGUGGGUAAUCUAGAAGUUGAUAAAGGGCUGGAUAAUAUUGUUGAAGAUGAUGAUGAAAGGGAUUGUGAUGAUGAAAGGGUUGAGGUUGAUAGUUGGAUUGAUUCUGAUGCAGACUGUUUAGGAGAUAGUGAUGGAGAGGACUGGGGUUAUGGUAAUGGAGGGACUGAAGGCGUAGUUGAUGUAGAAAUAGAUGUUGAUUAUGGUCAAGGAAAUUCUAAUCAAGGUUUAGGGUCAGGUGAAGUUGGUCCAAGUUCACAAAACCAUGAUAGUCAAGAUAGUGCUAGUGAGACAGAACAUGAUGGGAUUAGUGGUUAUUUUGUUACAUUUAAAAAACCCAAGUCAAUGGCUGAUUAUAGAUGGGAGGUGGGGACAACCUUCGUGGACAAGGAACAGUUUGUUGAUGGUGUAAGAACGUAUGAUGUUCAUGCUGGGAGGAACUUGAAGUUUGACAAAAAUGACAAGGAAAGAGUGCGGUUGAGAAAAGUUCAAGACCGUCAUAAGUGCAGCAGAGAAUUUAGUAUAAAUUUGAUGAAUUCAAAAUGGUUGAGUAAAACCUUAGACAACACAUUAAUAGAAAAUCCUAAUUUGAAGCUGGUUGAUAUACGUAAUAAAGUUGCAAGGAAAUGGAAUACAAAGGUGUCAGUUUCAAUGGCUCAUAGGACAAAGCAACUGGCAGCAAAGGUGGUUGAAGGAUCUUUUAAAGAUCAGUAUAGAAGGAUUUAUGAUUAUGCUCAUGAGAUAAUUAGAUCAAAUCUCGGAUCCAUAGUUAAAGUUAAAGUGGAAGAUGUUAAUGAUGAGAAGAUUUUCAUGCGAAUUUACACUUGUCUAAAGGCAUGCAAGGACAGUUGUAUGCUUCCUAUAGCCUACGUAGUAGUUGAAGUUGAGAACAAAGACACAUGGAUCUGGUUUUUGGAGUUGUUGGUUGAGGACCUGGGAGGUGUUGAUAUAUUGCAUACACAUGGAUUGCUUCCUAACAUACAAGAGCUAUUGCUUGGCGUUGAGCAAAGAUUUUGUAUACGCCAUCUAUAUAGCAAUUUCAGAGAAAAGUUUGGAAGUAAGCAACUAAAAACCUUGAUGUGGAAAGCUGCAACCAGCACGCACCCAAGAGCAUGGGAAAGAGAAAUGCAUAAUAUUAAAGAAGUGAACGAGGAGGCCUUUAAAUACCUAAUAGCAAUUCCACCAAGAUAUUGGUCCAGGUCUAGGUUUAACAUGCAAGCCAAAUGUGACACGUUGGUAAACAACAUGAGUGAAGCCUUCAACAACGUUAUUGUGGAUUCAAGGUCCAAGCAAAUCAUCUCAAUGCUGGAAGAGAUCCAUUUAUAUAUUAUGAAGAGGUGGUCCAAGAACAGAUCCAAGGUGCAGAAGUACGAGGGUGAUAUCUACCCUAAGAUACGAACCAGAUUAUCAAAAGAAUCUAAAAAAACUAAGUAUUGGAUACCAAGUUGGUCAGGUCAAAAGUUGUUUGAAGUUAGACAUGUCUCAUUAAUUGGAGACAAGUUCACUGUCAACAUAGAAAGCCAGGAAUGCAGCUAUAGGAAAUGGCUUAUUAGUGGGAUCCCAUGCUGCAAUGCAAUUGCUGCACUGAACUUCCUCAACUUAAAGGCAGAAGAUUACAUUCCACAUUGGUUCAGACGUACAACAUAUGAAGAGAUAUACAACUCCAUAGUUCUUCCUGCCAAUGGUCACCUUUUCUAG